AUAAGGAAAAAGCAAGAUAAAGAAACACUAUAAUAAUACACCCGAAUCCACUUGCCUGUAAUACGAAGGCUACAUCAGAUUCAUCAUUUAUGGCAACUUCAGCUGAUCACUCUCUGUUCUCAGAAAUCUAGACUUCAAAACACCACUCUACAGUUCUCUCUAACUUUUCAAAUCAUGGCUUUUGAUUCUAAUAACCAUCAACUUCACAUCCUUCUCUUCCCUCUAAUGGCUCAGGGUCACAUGCUUCCACUAUUAGACAUAGCAAGACUCUUCGCAUCAAGAGGCGUCAAAAUCACCAUUGUCACUACACCUGGAAACGCACCUCGCUUGAACAGAUCAUUCCAAACAACCCAAGAUUCAUCAACCCAAAUCAGCUUCAAGAUCAUUAAAUUCCCUGCCAAAGAAGCUGGAUUACCUGAAGGUCUUGAAAAUCUUGAUUCAGUAUCUGAUAAAGAGACUCAUAGCAAAUUCUUUGAUGCGCUUUCUUUACUUCGAGAACCUUUGGAGCAAGUUUUGCAAGAACUGCAUCCACAAGGGUUAGUAUCAGAUAUAUUCUUUCCAUGGACAGCAGAAGUAGCAUCAAAGUAUGGCAUUCCGAGAUUAAUCUUUUAUGGCACUAGUUUCUUUUCCAUGUGUUGUUUGGAAAAUCUUGAAGAACAUCAGCUUUACAAGAAAGUAUCUUCUGAUACGGAGAAGUUCAUUUUGCCUGGAUUUCCUGAUCCUAUUAAGUUCUCGAGAUUGCAGCUUCCUGAUACCUUAACAGUAGACCAACCAAAUGUUUUUACAAAAUUGCUUGCAAGUGCUAAAGAGGCAGAGAAAAGAAGCUUUGGAAUGAUUGUUAAUAGUUUUUAUGAGUUGGAAUCUGGUUAUGUUGAUUAUUACAGGAAUGUUUUAGGUAGAAGAGCUUGGCAUAUAGGGCCAGUUUCACUUUGCAAUAGGAAUCUGGAAGAAAAGUCUCAAAGAGGUAAAGAAGCAAGCAUCAGUGAGCAUGAGUGUAUUAAAUGGCUUGAUUCAAAGAAACCCAAUUCAGUUCUUUAUGUGUGCUUUGGUACUGUCGCAAAGUUCUCUGAUCCUCAGUUACUUGAGAUUGCUUUAGGGCUUGAAGCGUCAGGGCAAAACUUUAUCUGGGUUGUGAGAAGAGAGAAGAAUGAAGAAGAGAAAUGGUUGCCUGAUGGAUAUGAGAAAAGAAUAGAAGGAGAAGGACUGAUUAUAAGAGGAUGGGCACCUCAAAUUUUGAUUCUUGAGCAUGAAGCAGUUGGUGGGUUUGUGACUCAUUGUGGGUGGAAUUCUACUUUAGAAGGUGUGAGUGCUGGUUUGCCAAUGGUAACAUGGCCUAUUUUUGCUGAUCAGUUUUUCAAUGAGAAGUUGAUUACUGAUGUUUUGGGGAUUGGAGUUAGUGUUGGUGCUGAAAAAUGGGUUAGGUUGGUAGGGGACUUUGUGGAGAGUGGAAAGAUAGAGAAGGCAGUGAAGGAGGUAAUGGUAGGUGAGAAAGCAGUGAAAAUUAGAAGCAGAGCAAAGAAGGUUGGGGAAAUGGCUACAAGGGCCAUUGAAGUUGGUGGCUCAUCUUAUAAUGAUCUUGGUGCUUUAAUUCAAGAAUUGAAAUCUUAUCACAGUUGAGGUUUACCAUUGUUAUAUAUUGAUAAUUAGUAUGUAAGCAAUACAUGGAUAAUUUGGUUAUGGUAUUAAUAGUUUAGUACCACUGUAUUGCCAAUUAGAUUUUCAUAGCAGAAAUUGUCAUAUUGAUUUUCUCUGGCUUGUCUGCCUUGCAACCUAUCUUGAUAUUAUAUGCUAUGAGAAUUGAAAAAAGUCCAAAACUCCUAAUGCAUAUGCUAUUAUUAAUAUAAAUCGAUUACUUUUUAUA